UGGAUGCAUUUCUUGUGCGCAAAAACUGUUUGAUGAUAUGCCUAGCAGGGAUAUUGUUUCUUGGAAUGCAUUAAUCUGCGGGUAUUCGCGGAAUGGGUAUGAUUUUGAUGCGUUGGGAUUUUUUGUUCUGAUGCUAAGAGAGGGUCUUAAUCCUUCUCAGACGACGUUAGUUGGUUUAGUUCCUUCGUGUGGUCGGCGCGAGUUGGUGUUUCAGGGAAAAUCUGUCCACGGGAUCGGAAUUAAGGCUGGCCUCGAUUUGGACUCCCGAGUGAAGAAUGCAUUUACCUCAAUGUAUGCUAAAUGUGCUGAUUUGGAAGCAGCGGAACUGUUAUUUUUAGAAAUCUCGGACAAAAAUAUUGUUUCGUGGAAUGCCAUGAUUAGCGCCUACGGCCAAAAUGGUUUCUUUGACGAGGCAAUGCUUGUUUUCAAACAGAUGCUGGAGGAAUGUGUAGAAACCAAUGAAGUGACCAUUAUGAGCAUUCUAUCAGCAAAUGCUCAUCCAGACUCAACCCAUUGCUAUGCUAUUAAAACUGGUUUUACCACUGAUGCUUCUGUUGUUACCUCACUAGUUUGUAUCUAUGCGAGGUUUGGGAACGCAGAAUCUGCUAAGUCACUUUAUGAGUCAAUACCCCAGAAGAAAUUGGUUUCCUUAACUGCAAUUAUGUCGAGCUAUGCUGAGAAGGGAAAUAUGUGUAUGGUGAUGGAAUGUUUUGCUCAAAUGCAGCAUUUGGCCAUAAAACCAGAUCCAGUUGUCAUGGUUAGCAUCCUUCACGGGUUUACAGCCCCAACUCACAUUGGCAUUGGGCAAGCUUUCCAUGGUUUUGGAUUGAAGAGCGGGCUGUGUUCUCACAGUUUGGUGGCAAAUGGGUUGAUAAGCAUGUACUCCAAAUUUGCUGAUAUGGAAGCUGUGUUCUCUUUGUUUUCUGGGAUGCGUGAAAAAUCAUUAAUCAGUUGGAACUCUGUGAUUUCUAGCUGCGUACAGGCUGGAAGGCCACAAAAUGCCAUGGAGUUGUGCUCUCAGAUGACGAUUGAGCGCAGUCCUGAUGCUGUUACGGUGGCCAGUUUGCUCUGUUGUUCUUCCCAACUUGGGUACUUGCGCUUUGGGAAGAGACUCCAUAACUACGUCCUUCGAAACAAUUUUGAAAUGGAAGACUUUGUUGGAACAGCUCUCAUAGACAUGUAUGCCAAGUGUGGAAGCAUACAUAGCGCAGAAAGGGUGUUUAGGAGCAUCAAAAGGCCAUGUUUGGCGACAUGGAAUACGAUGAUCUCGGGCUACAGUUUGUGUGGUUUAGAGCAUAAAGCCCUCAGCUCUUACUCUAUAAUGCUAGAGAAAGGACUUAAACCUGAUAAAAUCACUUUCUUAGGAGUAUUGUCUGCUUGUACCCAUGGUGGUCUUAUUCAGGAAGGGAGGAAAUAUUUCCAGAUCAUGAGAGAAGAGUUUGGCAUAGCGCCAGGACUGCAACACUCUGCAUGUAUGGUUAGUCUCCUUGGUCGUGCGGGCAUGUUCGAGGAAGCACUUGGAUUUGUCAAGAGUAUGGAGAUAGAGCCUGAUUCCACUGUGUGGGGAGCUUUGCUCGGUGCUUGUUGCAUCCACCAAGAGUUCAGGCUUGGAGAGAGUUUAGCCAAGAGGUUAUUUUUCUUAGAUUACAACAGUGGAGGAUUCUAUAUCCUGAUGUCAAAUCUUUAUGCCGCAAAAGGGAGGUGGGAUGAUGUAGCCAGGGUGAGGGAGAUGAUGAGAGACACCGGAGGGGAUGGUUGUUCUGGCAUUAGCCUAAUCGAAGUGACUCGCGAAAGAAAUGAACUCGAGGUUACAAAUAUGAGCUUUAGUAGUCAAGUGUCAAGAUCUCCCAUAGUGUAGUAGCAGCCCAUUGCUAAGGACAAACUCUGGACCACUCGUAUACUUGAACAUUUUAGUUUCAAUUUUCACGAUGAGGGUUGAUAUGUUACACAUUGGGCAGGUAAGACGAUCAAUUUUUUGGGAUAGAUCCUCCAUUAUUAUUAUUAUUUUAUUUUAAAAUUCCACAAUCCAUUGUUUAGUUGGCAAGUUGAGUUGUAACCCAUUGCACUUUCUAUCAUACUCCAAUAGAAGGAAGACGAGAUAUGAUCAAAUGAAUUCAUGAAAGAAAUGAAUAUGAUGAAUGUGAGCUUUAGUACCAAAAGACUUUGAAACUCCCCACACCUUAACUUAUUGAUAGGGACAAAUUAAAAUCAAGUAGUUUAUUCAAAUAUUUUGAUUUCGAUUUUUUCAUUUUGAGAGUUACUAUGUUAGUUAUUUUGGAGAUAAAUGAUCUAUUUAAGAAUAGAGUCGUUAGAACUUACAUUAUUAGGAAAAAAGAACAAAAAAAAUCCACCACUCAUUCUAGAGUUGGGUCGACCCGUUGCACUUUCAAGUCAACCUAAAAUUGCUUACCUACGUUCCUCGGAGGUGGAGGUGGAGGCUAACCGGCAAUAGUCGGUAGUCGGUACUGGUCUAGUGGUCUUCCAUCUGUCUUUAAAAUAAAAAACCCUAGAGGCGAGUAGGGUCGCAAACCGCAACGUUCAAAAUUUAAAAUUUGAAGUUGGCGCUCCUCAUAUUUCGGGUUUUUCAGAUCUUAUUAUCACAUUGUGCUUCUUGGUCGCUACCUGUGUCAUCAAAGAUGGGCGGUUCGCACAGUCGCGAGGAUUUAGAGAUCUCGGAGUCUGAUGAAGAGGAAAAUGAAGAAGAAGCGCAAGAAGAAGAAGAAGAGGAAGAAAUUUACGAAGACGUUAAAGACGAUGAUGAAGAGACGCAAGAGAGAUCUUCAGGAUGCAAAACCAAGACCACUCCAUUUCUUGACGAAGUGGAUGCUAAGCUCAGAGCCCUGAAGCUCAGGUAUCCCUCACAAAACCCCAACCUUAAGAAUGCUGUCAAGCUUUAUCUUCACGUUGGUGGGAACAGCCCCAAUGCCAAGUGGGUUACUUCUGAGAAGCUCACAUCUUACUCCUUCAUCAAGGCCUCUGAUGCUGAUGAUGGCGACGAGGAGGAAGAAGAUGGAGGAGGAACGGACUCGUCAUGGGUUCUGAAGGUUGGUUCUAAGAUUCGAGCUACGAUCAGCACGGAGCUGCAGUUAAAGACUUUCGGCGACCAGCGCCGUGUUGAUUUUAUAUCACAAGGUGUUUGGGCUAUGAAAUUCAUUAACGAGGAAGAUUAUAAGAGUUUUGUUACUAAAUUUCGAGAUUGUUUGUUUGAGAACACGCAUGGGUUUGAGUCAACCGAUGAGAACAAGCUUAAGGUUUAUGGGAAGGAUUUUAUUGGGUGGGCGAAACCUGAAGUUGCAGAUGAUUCAGUGUGGGAGGAUGCUGAAGAUAGUUUCUUACAAAGCCCUGAUUCUGCAGCGCCUGCAAGAAAGAGUCAAGAUCUGAGAGAAGAGUUUGAGGAGGCAGCAAAUGGAAGCGGCAUACAGAGCCUGGCAUUGGGUGCGCUGGACAAUAGUUUCUUGGUGAGUGAUUCAGGGAUCCAAGUUGUUAAGAAUUUCAACCAUGGACUUCAUGGAAAAGGUGUUUAUGUGAAUUUUGAUAAUGGGAAUUGUAGAACUGGUUCAAGCUUGGUGCAUUCAACCCCAAAGAAGGCUCUUCUUAUGAGGGCUGAGACCAAUAUGCUUCUUAUGAGCCCCAUGAAUGAGACAAAACCCCAUUCUAGAGGGCUCCAUCACCUUGAUAUUGAAACUGGAAAGAUUGUUACAGAGUGGAAGUUUGAAAAGGACGGAACUGAUAUUACCAUGAGGGAUAUUACAAAUGAUAGUAAGGGAGCCCAGUUGGAUUCUACAGGAUCAACCUUUUUAGGAUUGGAUGACAAUAGGCUCUGUAGGUGGGAUAUGCGUGACCGAAAAGGGAUGGUUCAAAAUCUUGUGAGUGACAAUACUCCUGUGUUGCAUUGGAAUCAAGGGCAUCAAUUCUCAAGAGGUACCAACUUUCAGUGCUUCGCAACCACUGGUGAUGGCUCAAUUGUAGUUGGGUCUCUAGAUGGGAAAAUUAGAUUGUAUUCAAGCAAUUCUAUGAGACUGGCAAAGACAGCUUUUCCGGGUCUUGGUUCACCCAUUACUCAUGUUGAUGUAACCUUUGAUGGAAAGUGGAUAUUGGGCACAACUGACACAUUUUUAAUUCUUAUCUGCACUCUUUUCACCGACAAGGAUGGAAAAACAAAGACAGGUUUUGGUGGCCGAAUGGGGAACAGGAUCUCAGCCCCAAGAUUAUUGAAGUUGACUCCUUUGGAUUCACAUUUGGCCGGGGUAAACAAUAAGUUCCGUAGUGCUCAGUUCUCCUGGGUCACGGAGAAUGGGAAGCAGGAGCGUCAUCUGGUUGCAACAGUAGGCAAAUUCAGUGUGAUAUGGGACUUUCAGCAAGUGAAGAAUGGCUCCCAUGAGUGCUACCACAACCAGGAAGGUCUGAAGAGCUGCUAUUGCUACAGGAUAGUUUUAAAAGAUGACUCAAUCAUUGAUAGCCGCUUCAUGCAUGAAAAGUUUGCAGUCAGUGACUCUCCUCAGGCUCCACUGGUUGUUGCCACGCCCAUGAAAGUUCGCUCCUUCAGCAUAUCCAACAAGAAAUGACAUAGCCUUUCUGUAUGCUUGAUCACUUUCUUAGAUUUGUUGAAUGCUGCUACAUUUAGAGUUCCUCAAUUGUAUAUUGGCUUCUUGUUCAAUUACAAUGUCCAGGAACAGUUCAAGGAAAGUAUGACUCGAUUAUAAUCGUUUCAUGCAUAGAUUUUUGAAUCAUUUUGGAACUAUUUUAUUCUAUAGCAUUUGUCAAGCAAAGCAACUUUGUUGUUUUCUGGAAGGACAUUAUGUUUUGUUGGCAGAUCAUGCUCAUCGACUGUGAUUUAAACUAAGCUGCUGCUCUAACGGGUCAGGCAUAUGCACACUUCUGCUUUAA